UAAUAUUAUUAUUGAGCACAGUUUUUCGCUAUUCUACAUUGAUUUUGAUCUUUGACCUUUAACUGGCUUCAAAAGGUGCACAGUGUAGAAGUCUGUCAAUAGGAGAUCUAGGACCUGUUAGUGUACUGCUAAGAGAAAUCAAUAUCCAGAGCUAUUUGCAGUACAGAGCUACAGAAGAUGUCUCUAACGGACAAAGACAGGGAGAUAGCAUAUGCGAUUGUGCUUCACCUCCAAAGUCAGGUCGACUCCCAGAGGCUACGUGAUGAGCAGAAUGAGGGAGUCUCUGUGGCUAUACAAUGUUUGAGUGAGGCGUACGGGGUGGAACUAGGUGACAAGAACCAAAAGUACCAAGGGAGUAAGACGCUGGAGGAACUUUUUGGAGACUUGAAGGUACUCACUGAUGAAGACAAGGCUAAGGCGGAUGCAAUUAAACAGGAGGGUAAUGUACAGUUGAAAUUGAACAACUUUCAGGGGGCAGUCUCUCUGUAUUCUGAUGCAAUAGAGAUUGACUCUAACAAUGCAACGUUUUACUGCAACAGGGCUGCAGCAUAUAUAAAACUAGAGGAUUAUCAAAAUGCACUUGCAGACUGCAAAAAAGCUAUAGAGAUAGACCCUGAGUAUGCAAGAGCACAUGGCAGGAUGGGGUAUAUUUACAGCGUGAUAAAUAAAUUCCCAGAAGCUAAAGAGAGUUUUGCAAAGGCCAUUCAUUUGGAUCCCUCCAAUGGGAGUUACAAAGGCAACCUAGAUGCUGUGCAAGAGCAGUUGAAAGCCUCUGAACAGUCACAAGGAGGUGGGGCCGUACCUGGAAUGGGAGAUGCUCCGGGCAGUGGGAUACCGGUAAUGCCGCCUGGUCUCGGAGGCAUGCUCGGAGGAGGUGGCUUAGCAAAUCUAUUCCAGAAUCCUGGAUUCAUGAAUAUGGCAACAUCAAUGAUGCAGAACCCAGCUUUCCAAAACAUGGCAGGUCGUAUGAUGCAGCAGGGAAGAGCAGCCCCACAAAAUAUGACAGAAAUGAUGCCAGAAAUGGUUCAAGCUGCUCGGCAAAUGCAAGAGGAAAAUCCUGAAAUGUUUGAGACCCUUCGGCAGCAAGCCACUCAGUUUUCUCCUGAGGGCGAACUACCUCCUGGUGACAACACAAAAGACUCAGAUGCUAAAGAACAAUAGAGGUUCUAAAAUUCGAAGUGCCACUUGCAUUUAAUUUUCUUUAAUCAAAUUAUAUGAUACAUGUAUCUAAUAAUUAUUACAGAGAAAAUAAAUAACGCAAAACCAUA